CUCAUUUUAACUUUUUGACUCUUUUAUAAUAUUUGGCUUACCUCGCUCGCCGGGCCUGGGCGGGUGGUGCCUGCGUGAGAGGGCAGAGGCGGGGGUGGAGGCGUUGGCACUGCCACGUCUGGGCCGAGGUGGGGCUGGCGCUGAAGCCGGAUCCGCAUCUGGUGCUGUGCACCCUGGUGGGGGAGAGUCCGACGCGCCUGGUUGGAGCGCCGACUGCGGGGCCUCUACGGAACUUACUAGAAAGAUGAAACCUGAUGAAACUCCAAUGUUUGACCCAAGUCUACUCAAAGAAGUGGACUGGAGUCAGAAUACAGCUACAUUUUCUCCAGCCAUUUCCCCAACACAUCCUGGAGAAGGCUUGGUUUUGAGGCCUCUUUGUACUGCUGAUUUAAAUAGAGGUUUCUUUAAGGUAUUGGGUCAGCUAACAGAGACUGGAGUUGUCAGCCCUGAACAAUUUAUGAAAUCUUUUGAGCAUAUGAAGAAAUCUGGGGAUUAUUAUGUUACAGUUGUAGAAGAUGUGACUCUAGGACUGAUUGUUGCUACAGCAACUCUGAUAAUAGAACAUAAAUUCAUCCAUUCCUGUGCUAAGAGAGGAAGAGUAGAAGAUGUCGUUAGUGAUGAAUGCAGAGGAAAGCAGCUUGGCAAAUUGUUAUUAUCAACCCUUACUUUGCUCAGCAAGAAACUGAACUGUUACAAGAUUACCCUUGAAUGUCUACCACAAAAUGUUGGUUUCUAUAAAAAGUUUGGAUAUACUGUAUCUGAAGAAAACUACAUGUGUCGGAGGUUUCUCAAGUAAAGGUCUUAUAAGAAAAUUGUCAAAGGAGCUAAUGCUACAAGGCUACACUCUUCCUAGAGUUGAAAUGUUUUGUUGCUGCAGCUGAGUGACCUCCGUAAAUACUGGACUGAAAAAACAUUGUAAUACUACAAGUGUAAUGACAUUUAGAAGGUUACUUUGGGUUGGGGGGACAUGCUGUGAAUUUAGAUUACAAAUGAAUAUUAUAAAGGGGAUGAUUUUUAACCAAA